AUGAUCCGCCACGAUUACUCUCGAGUCGAUCCGAAGCGCCGCGCAAACAUCGACCACAAGAAAAAACAAUUCGCCAAAGCAGAGUUCCAGCAGCAAAACUAUGAGCACCGGCUAAACUUCUACGUCCUGCCGCCCACAUUGGAGAUCACGCUCGAGGACUUUGAAACAUGGGCCAUCAACAGACUCAAGGUCCUCUCCGAAAUCGAAGCAUGCAGCUUCCGCAACCGCAGCCCCGAGGAAACCGCCGAGUACAUGAAGGGUAUCCUAGACAAGCAUCUCCCCCUCCGAUCCGAUUCGUCGCGAAGUGCGAGUCUCCAAGAUGAGCGGAAGAAGGACCACUACUCGCAUUUCAUUCUGCGGCUCGCCUUCUCCUCGACAGAAGACUUGCGACGAAGAUUCUCAAGGCUGGAGACGAUGCUGUUUCGACUGCGGUUUAAGAGCGAUGAUCUCGUGGAGCGCCAGCAGUUCGUGAAGAGUCUGAAUCUGGAGUGGGAUGAAGUCAAGGAAGAUGAGAGGAGGGAGUUGAAGGAUGAGUUGGCUGCGGCGAGUGGGCAGAAGAAGGGCGAGGAGCAGGAAUGGUUCAAGGUGGACUGGGAGAGGGUGCCUGAGUUGGUGGAGCAGAGAAGAGUGCUGUUGAAGAGGGGGAAGGCCUAUGUCCCGCAGAGGGAGCAGAUGAGUCUCGUGGUCGCGGAGUUUACGAGAAAGUUGGACGAGGCGCUGGAGUUGACUGCACGCGCUCUCCCCCGCCUUGACGAAGACGACCGCCUCGCCCCCAUCCUCGCCCAUCUCUCACAAUCCUUCACCGCCCCAGACGCCGCAUACUCGACCUCAGACGCCAACAUCGACGGCCUCUCCGCCAUAACCGCAUCGUCCAUCGACUCACUCUCCCAAAACUUCCCCCUCUGCAUGCGCAACCUACACUCCAACCUGCGCGAAAACUCGCACCUGAAGCACCACGGCCGUCUCCAAUACACGCUCUUCCUCAAAGGCAUCGGCCUCAGCAUGGACGAAUGCCUGCUAUUCUGGCGCCGAAGCUUCAAGCUCAUGACGGACGACAAGUUCCAAAAAGAAUACAAAUACAACAUCCGCCACUCGUACGGCGACGUCGGCGGCGACGCAAACCGCCGCGGCCGCGGCUACACGCCCUACUCGUGCCAGAAAAUCCUCACCGAGCCGCUGCCCGGGCCCGGACAAACGCACGGCUGCCCCUACCGCACUUUCACCCCGGAUAACCUGCUCACGAUGCUGCAGCGCGUCGGCGUCAAUGAGCGCGAUGUGCUGAAGACGGUUAGGGAGGAUGUGGGUAAGCAGAGGUAUCAUGUUGCGUGUAAUCGCGUGUUUGAGUGGAGUCAUAAACGCGAGAUUAAGAAGGUUAGGGAUGAGGGGAGUUGGGGCGUUGCCGAUCUGGAUACGAUUGUACAUCCGAAUACGUAUUUUAAGCGUAGUUGGUUGUUGAAGCAUUUGGGCGAGGGGAAUGCGGGGGUUGUUGGGGGGAGGGGCGAGAAGAUGGAGGAGUAG